CCCCCCCGCAGUGAGUGCCGCCACUAUGGCGGACGGGGCGCCCCGGCCCCCGCUUUAUCGCAGCGUCUCUUUCAAGCUCCUGGAGCGCUGGAGCGGCGGACCCGGGCGGAGGGAGGAGGAGGUCGUGGACACCCCCGGGCUACGGCGCCGCGCCUCGUGCCGGCCCUCCGCCGCCGGCCCGGGCCAGCCCUCCCGGCGCGUGUCCAAGCUGGCGUCGGGGCCCCCGGCCACCCCCGCGCAGCCGCGCCAGCUCCGCAGCCUUUCCCCGUCGGUGCGCCAGCUCUCCCGGCGCUUCGACGCGCCUCGUCUCAACGACGACUCAGCCGAGGCCCGGGACGGAGGCGUCUCCCCAGGGGCCGUGGAAGAAGCGGCCGAGGUCGCCGCGCGAGGGUCCUGGCCCAGCGUCACCGAGAUGCGCAAGCUCUUCGGCGGCCCUGGCUCCCGGCGGCCCUGCGCCGACUCUGAGGCCCUGGGGACGCCCAGCCCCGACGGUGCAGCAUGGGAGCCCCAGACCCGAGAGCCCCGGCAGCCGCCGACGCCACCUCCUCGAACGUGCUUCCCCCUGGCCGGCCUGCGUUCAGUGCGGCCGCUCCCCGGGCCGGGGGUCGAGGGGAGGAGGCGGCAGCAGCAACAGGAGCGGGCUCAGCGUCCGGCGGAUGGUUUACAUUCUUGGCAUAGCUUCUCCCUACCGCAGGCCGGGGCCCGGGCCUCCUGCUCCUCCUCCUCCUCCAUCGCCUCCUCCUAUCCUGUCAGCCGCAGCCGGGCUGCCAGCUCCAGCGAGGAGGAAGAGGAGGCCCCGCCGCCGACAACGACGACGACCGGGGCUCAGAAUCCAGCCUACCACGGCGGCCACUCUUCGGGCAGUGACGAGGACCGAGACGGUGAGGGCAGCCACCGCUGGGGAGGGAGGCAGGGGCCCACGCCUGGAAAUGCCCGCUUGGGACGUGACUGCAGCCUGGACCGUGAUGGGUUAAGUCUGGGCAGCAUGGACUCUGCAGGGGGAGGCAGGAGGAGCCCUGAGCCACCAACAUCUCCAAGAGCCCCUAGCGAGGAGAGAUCCCGGGAGUGGGGUACUGGCACACCACCCUGCACCCUAGGCCCCCAGGAGGGUCUGCGGCCCAUGCCGGACGCUGUGGGGGGAGCUUUCCGAGUGGCCAAGGUGAGCUUUCCCGCAUACUUGGCCAGCCCAGCAGGCUCCCGUGGCAGCAGUCGUUAUUCCAGUACGGAGACUCUCAAGGAUGAGGACCUGUGGUCUUCCCGGGGUUUGGGGGGCUGGGGUGUGUACCGCUCCCCUAGCUUUGGAGCCGGGGAAGGGCUCCUCCUGCGGUCCCAGGCUCGAACCCGUGCCAAGGGACCUGUGGGCACCAUGAGGGCAUUGAGGGAUGGAGGAUUGGAGCUGGAUAAGAACCGGCAGCGGAAGUCUCUGUCAAACCCAGAUAUUGCCUCGGAGACCCUGACACUGCUCAGUUUCCUGCGCUCAGACCUUUCAGAGCUGAGGAUCCGCAAGGCUGGCCGGCAUCCUGGGGACCCUGAGAGUGACCCUUUGGAUGGCAGAGACUCACCAACAGCAGGUGGCCCUGUGGGGCAACUUGGGCCCAUGCCUGACCCAGUCCCAGCAUCACCUGGAACCCGCCCCACACUCAAGGAUCUGACAGCCACCUUGCGCAGGGCAAAGUCAUUUACCUGCUCUGAGAAGCCCAUGGCCUGCCGCCUGCCCCGGGCCAGUACUCUGAAGCCCAGCUCUUCUGAGCUCCUGCUGGCAGGCUCUGGUUCCGAGGAGGAUCCACUACCCCUUGUUGUCCAGGAUCAGUAUGUACAGGAGGCCCGUCAGGUAUUUGAAAAGAUCCAGCGCAUGGGCGCCCAGCAGGAUGAUGGAAGCAAUGCCCCCCCUGGGAGCCCUGACUGGGCAGGGGACAUGACGAGGGGGCAGCGGUCCCAGGAGGAGCUCUCAGGCCCUGAGUCCAGCCUGACAGAUGAGGGCAUUGGGGCGGACCCUGAGCCUCCUGUUUCAACAUUGUGCAGCCUUGGUUCCGCAGGGGUAUGGCGACCCCUUUCCUCAUCUUCUGCCCAGACCAACCACCAUGGCUCUGGGACAGGGGACAGUCUGGGUGGGUGGGCCCUCGUGUCCCCUGAGGCCCCUCCCACGCCAGGUACCAUCCGCCGGCGACGCAAAGUCCCGCCUUCAGGCCCUGGUGGGACUGAACUGAGCAAUGGGGAGGCAGGUGAGGCCUACAGGUCUCUGAGUGACCCGAUUCCACAGCGCCACCGGACUGCCACCUCUGAGGAGCCCUCUGGGUUCUCUGUGGACAGCAACCUCUUGGGCUCACUGGGCCCCAAGACAGGGCUUCCAGUGGCCCCAGCUGUGGAUGAGGGCCUGACCAGUGGUCAUAGUGACUGGUCUGUGGGCAGUGAAGGGAGUAAGGGAUACCAGGACGUUAUUCAGAGCAUUGUCCAGGGGCCUGGUGCCUUGGGGCGUGUGGUAGACGACAGGACUGCUGGCAAAGCCCCCAAGAAGAAAUCUCUGAGUGACCCCAGCCGCCGUGGGGAGCUAGCUGGGCCUGGAUUCGAGGGCCCUGGAGGGGAGCCCAUCCGAGAGGUCGAGCUCGUGCUGCCUCCAUCCAGCAGUGAGCCCAUCCUUGCAGAGGAACGGGCAGAGCCCCAAGAGCUCAGUCCCGCCAGGGGACGGGCACAGUCCGAGAGGGCCCUGCCUGAGGCCCCACCUGCCCCUGCCACUGCCCACUGUGGUUUCCACCUUGACCCUAAGUUGGCUGACAUUCUGUCCCCACGGCUCAUCCGCCGAGGCUCCAAGAAGCGCCCAGCCCGGAGCAGCCACCAAGAACUGCGGAGAGAGGAGGGCCAUCAGGACCAGACUGGCAGCCUGUCUCGGGCCCGGCCCACCUCCAAACAUGUUCGCCAUGCCAGUGUGCCCGCCACCUUCACACCUAUUGUGAUGCCUGAGCCACCCACCUCCGUUCGCCCCCCUGUGGCUGUGCCAGAGCCCAUGGGCUUCCCUGCACGAACCCACCCCGCCUUGCAGGCACCAUCACUCGAGGAUGUCACUAAACAGUAUAUGCUGACCCUCCAUUCGGGUGAGGUCCCUGCCCCAGGGCCUGUGGACAUGCCCUGCUUGGCUCGGCUUUCACCGCCCUCUGACGAGGCCAAACCCCCUGAGGCUGCCCGGGCUCCACAUGAGCCUGCCCCAGCCAGCAAGUGCUGCAGCAAGCCACAAGUGGACAUGAGGAAGCACGUGACCAUGACCCUGUUGGACACCGAGCAGUCGUAUGUGGAGUCACUGCGCACCCUGAUGCAGGGCUACAUGCAGCCACUGAAGCAGCCGGAGAACUUGCUGUGUGACCCGUCACUGGUGGACGAGAUCUUCAACCAGAUCCCCGAGCUCCUGGAGCAUCACGAGCAGUUCCUGGAGCAGGUGCGGCACUGCGUGCAGACCUGGCAUGCCCAGCAGAAGGUGGGAGACCUGCUCGUCCAGUCGUUCUCCAAGGAUGUCCUGGUAAACAUUUACUCCGCCUAUAUCGAUAACUUCCUCAACGCAAAGGAUGCAGUCCGUGUGGCGAAGGAGUCGAGGCCUGCCUUUCUCAAGUUUCUGGAGCAAAACAUGCGGGAGAACAAGGAGAAGCAGGCACUGUCUGACCUCAUGAUCAAACCUGUGCAGCGGAUCCCACGCUAUGAGCUUCUGGUGAAGGACCUCCUGAAGCACACACCUAAGGACCACCCAGACUACCCACUCCUGCUGGACGCCCAGCGGAACAUCAAGCAGGUGGCUGAACGCAUCAACAAGGGCGUGCGGAGCGCCGAGGAGGCAGAGCGGCAUGCCCGCGUGCUACAGGAGAUCGAGGCUCACAUCGAGGGCAUGGAGGAUCUCCAGGCCCCUCUGCGGCGGUUCCUGAGGCAGGAGAUGGUCAUUGAAGUGAAGGCGGUCGGUGGCAAGAAGGACCGGUCCCUCUUCCUGUUCACGGACCUCAUCGUCUGCACCACCCUGAAGCGGAAGUCGGGCUCUUUGCGGCGCAGCUCCAUGAGCCUGUACACGGCAGCCAGCGUCAUCGACACGGCCAGCAAGUACAAGCUGCUGUGGAAGCUGCCCUUGGAAGAUGCAGACAUCAUCAAAGGGGCUUCCCAAGCUACUAAUCGAGAAAACAUCCAGAAGGCCAUCAGCCGCCUGGAUGAGGACCUGACCACCCUGGGCCAAAUGAGCAAGCUCUCCGAGAACAUCGGUUUCCCCCACCAGAGCCUGGACGACACACUGCGGGACCUCUCUGCCGCCAUGCAUCGGGACCUGUCGGAGAAGCAGGCUCUGUGCUAUGCUCUCUCCUUCCCGCCUACCAAGCUGGAGCUGUGCGCCACGCGGCCCGAAGGCACUGACUCCUUCAUCUUUGAGUUCCCCCACCCUGACGCCCGCCUCGGUUUUGAGCAGGCCUUCGAUGAGGCCAAGAGGAAGCUGGCGUCCAGCAAAAGCUGUCUAGACCCUGAGUUCCUGAAGGCCAUCCCCAUCAUGAAGACCCGCAGCGGCAUGCAGUUCUCCUGUGCAGCCCCCACCUUUAGCAGCUGCCCUGAGCCCACGCCUGAGGUGUGGGUGUGCAACAGCGAUGGCUACGUGGGCCAGGUGUGUCUACUGAGCCUGCGGGCUGAGCCGGACGUGGAGGCCUGCAUCGCCGUCUGCUCAGCCCGCAUCCUCUGCAUCGGGGCAGUGCCCGGCCUGCAGCGGCGCUGCAACCGGGAGCGACCUUCCUCACUGAGGAGCCCUCCUGAGACAGCACCAGAGCCCACUGGGCCGGAGCUGGAUGCCGAGGUUGCCGUGGACGAGGAAGCCCCUGCGCUGGCAGAGCCGGGGCCCCAGCCUUGCCUGCACAUCUCCAUUGCAGGCUCAGGCCUGGAGAUGGCGCCAGGCCCUGCUGAAGGUGACCCCCGCCCCGAGUUGGUACCUUUUGACAGCGACUCAGAUGAUGAGUCUUCGCCCAGCCCCUCAGGGACCCUGCAGAGCCAGGCCAGCCGCUCCACCAUCUCCUCCAGCUUUGGCAAUGAGGAGACCCCAAGCUCCAAGGAGGCCAUGGCGGAGACCACUAGCUCAGAGGAGGAGCAGGAGCCUGGAUUCCUACCCCUCUCUGGCUCCUUCGGACCUGGCGGUCCCUGCAGCACAAGCCCCAUGGAUGGGCGAGCACUUCGCCGUUCCAGCCGAGGCUCCUUCACCCGGGGCAGCCUCGAGGACCUGCUGAGCGUCGACCCUGAGGCCUUCCAGAGCUCUGUGUGGCUGGGCACUGAAGAUGGCUGUGUCCAUGUGUACCAGUCCUCCGAGAGCAUCCGUGAUCGCAGGAACAGCAUGAAGCUCCAGCAUGCAGCCUCCGUGACUUGCAUCCUGUAUUUGAACAAUCAGGUGUUUGUAUCUUUGGCCAAUGGAGAACUUGUGAUUUACCAAAGGGAAGCAGGUCAUUUCUGGGACCCACAGAACUUCAAAUCAGUGACUCUGGGAGCUCAGGGGAGCCCCAUCACCAAGAUGGUGUCUGUGGGUGGGCGGCUAUGGUGCGGCUGCCAGAACCGAGUCCUUGUCCUGAGCCCCGACACACUGCAGCUGGAGCACACAUUUUACGUGGGCCAGGAUUCAAGCCGCAGCGUGGCUUGCAUGGUGGACUCCAGCCUGGGCGUGUGGGUGACAUUGAAGGGCAGUGCCCAUGUGUGUCUCUACCACUCAGAUACCUUUGAGCAGCUGGCAGAGGUAGAUGUCACACCUCCUGUGCACAGGAUGCUGGCAGGCUCAGACGCCAUCAUCCGGCAGCACAAGGCUGCCUGCUUGCGGAUCACAGCGCUGCUGGUAUGUGAAGAGCUGCUGUGGGUAGGCACCAGUGCAGGCGUGGUGCUCACCAUGCCCACCUCACCCAGUACUGUCAGCUGCCCACGGGCACCCCUCAGCCCUGCUGGCCUAGGCCAGGGACACACAGGCCAUGUCCGCUUCCUGGCUGCAGUCCAGCUGCCAGACGGCUUCAACUUGCUCUGCCCUACUCCACCACCUCCCCUAGACACAGGCCCCGAGAAGCUGCCGUCACUGGAGCACCAGGACUCUCCCCGACACAGAGGCCCUGCCUCAGCCAGGCCUAAAAUGCUGGUUAUCAGUGGAGGUGAUGGCUAUGAGGACUUCCGACUCAGCAGUGGGGCUGGCAGCAGCAGUGAGACUGUGGGCCGAGACGACAGCACAAACCACCUCCUCCUAUGGAGGGUGUGACCCUGUCCACCAUGGCCUAGGACUCCCCGCGCACCUGCCCUCAGCCUGCUUGCCUCUUCCUAGCCCACAUACAGACUCUGAGCAGGAGUGUCUGACCAGGGGCGCACAUGUGCCUGCAUGGGCUCCCUCCCCAUCUGUACGGAAGCGUUCCUAAUGGAACACCACUGGCCAGCCGGGCUGAGGCCUCUCCUGACCCUCUGGCUGCCUGGUGCUCCGAGUCAUGAUGGUGGGGCACGCAGGCUGCCCAGGACCUCUGUCCCUGGAGCUUCUACCAAAGACAUAGCCGGGCCUGGACCUAUGUGGCUGGGGAGGGCCAUGUGCAAUAUUUGGAGGGUUUUCUGGAGGCAGCAGGAAGAUGGGGGAGGGGGGCAGAAUCCCUUCCCAUGUACAGUAUUUAUGUUCCCUUUUUAGAUGUGUACUUUCCCAAGCACUUAUUUAUGCAAUGAUCUGAGGCAGAAGGUGAUUAGAGGAAAUGAUGGGGAGGAUCCCUAUUCCUGUCCUGGGGGGCCACCCUGGGACCCUAACAGCCUUCCUGGAGGGAGCAAUGCCCCUUGCCCCCAAUAUAUGCAUACACACACACACAUACACUGCACAUUCAGGGCACUAAACCACUGCCCUUUAACAUACACUUUCCAAGGCCCUAUUCUGAUUGGGCUUCCCUCCAUUGUCAAGGACCAGGUCCCCUCAGUUACCCAAAACAAGAUGACAACUGUUGGGGGCAGUGACUCUCAUCUGGGGGACCUCCCAAGCCUUGGCAUUUCCCAGCUUGUCAGCAGUGCCUUUAGUGGUUUCUUAAUUUGGGAAUGCUGAUGGGGCCUUGGACAUGGUUUUUCCUGGCUUUAUCAGGUAAGAGAAAGGUGCCCUCUUGCUCUCCUUGCAAUGGCCCCUGGCCCCCAACCUCCUGCCUCCCUGUGUCUCAUGCACUGGCACAUAUGGUCACCUUGGGGGCAGACCCAGGAGUCCCUUCACUCUGGCCACUGAAUCCCUGUCUUCAUGCCCCUUCCUGCCAGGGGCAACCCCUUCAGGAAAGAUCCAAGAGCUGAGGGGCUGGACGUGGCCUCUUCAACUGGGAAGGCUCCCGUUUGAGGGCCGCCUCUCCCCCACCCUACAGACUGCAGGGCAUCAGCCUGACCCUCAGCCCCCUCGCUUCUCCAGCUACUACUCCAAAGGUCUGGUUUCAGAUGGGGUUUGUUUUGUUCUGUUUGGUUUUGUUUUUGUUUGGGGUGGGUGGGUCCUUGGGAUCUUAGAUUAUGUUUCUCUUGCUACCAAACAGUCAUGUAUUAACUCUCCUUGGAUGAUGAAGUUUAAAGAGUCAAUAAAUAGAAACGCCAAA